UUUCCUGAAUGUUGUGUUUAUACUCUCUUCAUUUCUCACUGCUGUGUGUGAGGAGAGGUUGCAUCCUACAGCUCAGAUACAGGUUGUGACAGCACGAAGAAUGGCUUCAAUUGGAGACCCACUUCAAGAAUCAGAUCUGAGGAUUAUCAUCAUUGGACCCAGUGAGGUUGAUGUGGCUUCAAUUGGAAACAUCAUCCUUGGGAGAGAGGUGUUUGGAUCUCAGAGUAGCAAGUGCAUAAAGAGGGAUGGAGAGAUAGCUGGUAGAAAAUUAACAGUGGUAGUCACACCUAAUCGAUGGUCCAGACUUCCACUGCUUGACAAUUCAGAGUGCGAUAAGCAAGAGCUAAUGCUCAGCAUGCUUCUGUGUGAUCCUGGACCUCAUGCCAUCCUUCUAGCCAUUGGUGAGGUCACAAAGGAUAUGGCUAUCUCAGUGGAGGAACACAUGGAGCUUCUUGGCCAGGAAGUUUGGGAUCAUACAAUAUUAUUAUACUCUUCUGACAACCAGCAAGAAAAAUGUGUAAAGGAAUCAGGAGCAGCUUUCGAGAGGAUUACAGAUAAAUGUGGACACAGAUAUCAUGUUCUCAGCAACACAGACCAUGGUGACAGAAUUCAGGUCACAGAGCUACUAAAGAAGAUAGAUGAGAUGCUACAGAAAAACAAAGGCAAACACUGUGAGAUACACAGGAAGAUCUACCUUGUACAGAAAUGGAGGGAAGCUGAAGAUAAGCGAGCAGAACAAAGACUACUAAUGACUCAGAAGCACAGAAAGAUGCUGAGAUCAAAAAUGGAAAGCACAAGUCACAGUUCAGAGGUCAGAAUUUUGUUAACAGGUUAUCAGUUUUCUGGAAAGAGCUCAACAGGAAACACAAUCCUGGCACAGGAAGCAUUUGUGACAUUUCCCAAAAAGAGGACGUCAAAAUGUGUAAAAAGUGAAGGAGUCAUUCAAGGAAGGCAUGUUACUGUAGUGGAUAUUCCAGGCCGAUGGAGAAUUCACCCAGUCGAGUACACUACUGAGCUUUGCAAGCAGGACAUAGUGCUUAGUGUAACUCAGUGUCCACCAGGCCCCCACAUUGUGCUUGUGCUUGUCCGUUUAGACACUUCAUUCACUGAAAAUAGCAAGAGGGCAAUUGAGGGACACUUUCAGCUUUUUGGUGAGAAUUUCUGGAGAUACACCAUGGUGCUGUUCACAUGUGGGGACUUUCUGGGAGAAACAACGAUUGAGCAGUUUAUUGAGAGUGAAGGGGAAGCUCUCCAGUGGCUAGUGAAGAAAUGUAACAACAUGUACCAUGUGUUCAACAACAACAACAAGGACGAUCGCUCUCAGGUUUCUGAACUGCUUGAAAAGAUUGAUGAGGUUGUUGCUAGUAACGGUGGUGGCCAUUUUGAAAUGGAUCAGAUGAUUUUGCAGGAGGUUCAAGAGAAGAGGAAGAUUGCAGAAGACAAAGCUAAAAAGAGGAGACUGAAGACACAAGAGGAGAAAAGAGGAGCAACUGGUUCAAAAUCUGAAAAAGGAACCUCGUCUAGUGAUCCUGAGGUCAACAUUGUGCUAAUUGGUUAUAGAAGAGCUGGAAAGACCACAGUUGGAAACAUUAUGUUAGGCAAAAACAGUUUUUCCAGACAAAAGACUUUUCAGAGUGAGCAGCAGCAUGGACUAGUAGCAGGAAGACAGGUUGUUGUAGUAGACACUCCAGGCUGGGACUGGGACCAUAAUUUGGAGGUAACGCCUGAGCUUGACUGGCAGAUAGUAGAGAGUGUUCAUACUCAUUGUUCCAAAGAUGCACCUGUUGUUUUCCUUCUGGUUGUGCGAGCAGCUUUUCCCUUCAGAGAGGUGAACAAACUCAUUACUGAAGAAUAUCUGCAACUUCUUGGUGACUCUGUCUGGAAUCACACCAUAGUGCUGUUCACCACUGGAGGCUGGAUGGAAGACAUAGACAUAGAACUGCACAUUGAGAGUGAAGGGGAUGCGCUGCAGUGGCUUGUAGAAAAAUGUGGAAACAGGUACCAUGUUUUGGACACUAAAGGGAAGAAAGAAGACGUGCAAGUCUCUGAGCUAAUGAGAAUGAUCGAACACGUAGUGGCAAAAAACAAGAGCUGUCCUUUUGAGUUAGACAAAGAAAUCUGUGAGAGAUUUGAGAAGAAAUCUUCCACUGUCAGCAAUCAACCCUCACAAAGGAUGUUACAAGUCAGAAGGGAAUAUGGCAGCAUGGGCUUGGACCCACCAAACAUGCAUGAUGGAUAUUAUGAUUAUGAUGAUGAUGAUAAAAGCUCUGGCUUUGGCUCAGCUUCUCAGCUGUCUAGGACUUCAUCUCGGUCAUCAUUAAGACCCUGACACCAGUCUGAAAUCUAUAAGAGAAUCAGCAGAAGACUAGAGGCUGAAACUGUGAAAGGACUAAAAGUAGCGUCACUCACAAAUACAAAGUAAAUGCACUGGAUAUGAACUGAUGUAUUUUUAUCAUGUGUAAUUUGAUCCAGUGGCAGAUGAUUAAGUAGGAAAUGCAACAUCUCAUAAUAAACUAAAGAAAUAAAUCUACCAGCUUGCAGAACAUCAGCAUAUUUUACUCAGUAAAAUAUGUAAUCAUUUUGGCUUUCCUGUAUAUACAAUAAAAUAAUUUGUGUGUAAAUGUGAAUGUGAUAAAAAUGUGAUUGUAUUAAUAUUUUAAACAGUAUGUAUGCUACAUUACAUAAUCUGUAUACUUUUCUUAUUAGUUGUAUUUCAUAACCUCAAUAUAAGGUUUUAUCUAAGUGAAGAAUUAAUGUUAGCAAAUUUUAUAAUACUAAAGUCAGGAUUUAUACCUUAUUUUAUAUUUAAAAGCAGAGAAACCUGGAAAGCAUGUACUCAGAAUUUAUAGCGGUGUUUCUUAUAAAUCCUUCAUGUCUUGAUAUGUUGUGACCAACAGAGGGAGACAUGCUAUAGGAAAUAGGGCUCUAUUUUAUCCCAGUUGACAUGUGCUAUUAUUAUUAUUAUUAUUAUUAUUAUUAUUAUUAUUAUUAUUAUUAUUAUUAGUACUACCUGCAUAUGUGAUUUUUCUUGUACUUUACCAAUGAGAAAAUGUAACUUUUGUCAAAUUUCUUAAUUGUAUAAUAAAGUAAACUUUGGCAGACAAAAUAUGUUUUCUGAUUUAGUAGAUCAUAUAUUUACAAAAUUGCAUUAUAAAUAAAAUUUGUAAUAUGACAAAUCCACUAUUCAUCUGCAGUCAUUUUGUUUUUAUGUAUGCGGGUGAUGUAUGUGAAGGUGGAACAUACAAUUUUGACUUGUAUUCUAAUGGAUGGAAAUGAUAACUGUUCUGUUUGAAAUGAAAACCAGUACAUAACAAGACUGUCCAAAAUAACUCUGUUUAUUCACUGAACAUAUCAAUCAAUAAAAAUUCAUGGAUAUUACACCACCAUUUUUUUUUUUUGCU